AUGAGGCUGGUCAUCGCUGCAAUUGUUUUGCAAUGUAUUUGUUGCUCUCCUUGUGUGAAAAAGUUUUAUUGGAGAGAAUCGUUUGUCUGUGUGUGUAAUUCGACUUAUUGCGAUGAUGUCGAGGCAUUGGGAGAUGUGGCGCUCAAAAGAGCUGUGGUUUAUUCAACGGACAUGAAGCAAGAUAGGUUGACGAGAACGGAGGUGAACUUCGAAGAGCCGGCUGGUAAGAUGAAGUUGCUUUUUAAUUACAACAGAGAUCCCAAAAAGUUUCAAAUUUCAACUAAAUCCAACUUAAAAAUAUCAAUGGUUUCUGAACGUGCGGAAAAGAUUGGGCAGAUGCCUCCGAAAAGUAUUCCUUAAUUUAUUCCAAUCUUGAUCAAAGGCUGAUACGCAUCUUGAACUCCUUUUUAAGUCAUAGAAACCAAGUCCUGAUAUUUAGGAAAGUAUGUGAAGGUAACGGUAGAUCUCUCUAAAAAGCGUCAAAAAAUCAUUGGAUUUGGCGGUUGUAUCAACGAUAAUAUUGUCCCUGCCUCUACCCAGCCUUUGCAAGACAAGCUGAUCGCUCAAUACUUUGGCAAAAAUGGUGAGAAAUCAUCAAGUCUUAAAAUUUAUUUGUAGGAAUUGAAUACUCUGCCAGCCGAGUUCCAAUCGGCGCUAAUGACGCUUCAGUCGAAGAAUGGACCUAUUUAGAUACCCCAGAAGACUAUGAGCUAAAGACCUUUACGAUGGAAAAGGAUCCAAAGAUUCCGAUUUUACAAAAGAUCGUGAAAGCAAAUCCAAAGGUGAGGUUGUUCGGCUCCGCCUGGAGUGUGCCGGCUUGGAUGAAAGAAACCGGCAAAAUGAAGGACACGGGCAAAAUCAGAGGGGAAUUGAACAGCUUUUUUUACGUGGUAUAUGCAAAAUAUUUGAUUAAGUAAGUUGGACCGGGGAAAAAUAAAAGAAUAUGUAUUUUGUAGAUUCAUCGAGGAGUACCGAAAUCGCGGUGUAAAUUUUUGGGGGAUUACAAUUAUGAAUGAACCCGGAAACCAGACCAGAGUUUGGCCAGGAACAUUUAUAAACUUUGCUGAACAAAGGUAAUAGGCUUGCAAAAAUGAGAGGAGUUUGGGGUGAUUUUAGGGACUUUGUCAAGUACAGGCUUGGCCCAAUGAUGAAACACACGUGGUUCACAAAAGAUGUAAAGAUUAUUGCGUACGAUUGGCAUAGAGAUCGGCUUUACGAGGCCGCAAAAGAGGUAAGAAAUACGUUUUUUCCAAAAGGGUGUUCAACAGAAGAUGUGCUUUCGAAAUCGUUAGGAGACUGAACCCCCCAUGACUGAACCCCCCUGACUGAACCCCCCUGACUGAACCCCCCAACCCCUUAGAAAGGAACCCCCCUGACUGAACCCCCAAGACUGAACCCCCUGACUGAACCCCCCUCUAAAGCGAAAUUUCGGGCACCCCCGAUGGGGGAACGGCCAAAGUGAAAUAAUCUAGCCAAAUCCAAUAAAUUAUGGCCAUGGUGCAAAAAUAUGGCCAAAUUGAAAAGAUUUGGCCAGAUCGGAAAAAAUUUUACAACCGUGAAAAAAGUGUGGCCAAGCAGGAAAAGCGUUUGGCCAAGAUAAAAAAUUUGGCCAAAGUGAAAAAAUGUGGCCAAAUUAAAAUUUUUUGAAAUUUGGCCACAUUUUUUUCAACUUGGCCACAUUUUUUUCAAUUUGGCCACAUUUUUUUCAAUUUGGCCACAUCUUUUUCAAUUUGGCCACAUUUUUUUCCACUUGGCCACAUUUUUUUCAAUUUGGCCACAUUUUUUUCAAUUUGGCCACAUUUUUUUCCACUUGGCCACAUUUUUUUCAACUUGGCCACAUUUUUUUCAACUUGGCCACAUUUUUUUCAAUUUGGCCACAUUUUUUUCAACUUGGCCACAUUUUUUUCAAUUUGGCCACAUUUUUUUCCACUUGGCCACAUUUUUUUCAAUUUGGCCAUAUUUUAGCAGAACGCCAAGGUUUAUUCAAUUUGGGGGGUUCAGUCAGGGGGGGUUCCCUCGAACAGGGGUGAGGGGUUCAGUCAGGGGGUCCAGUCAUUGGGGGGUUCAGUCAGGGGGGUUCAGUCAGGGGGGUUCAGUCAUGGGGGGUUCAGUCAUGGGGGGUUCAGUCAGGCAUUCAAAUCAUCAAAUUUAAAUUCUUCAAAAUAAAACAUCACGCAUUUAUGAUGUCCACGACAUCAAAAGAAUGAAAAACAUCAGAAAUUUAUGAUGUUUUUUCUUUCAGUAUAUACAUAGUCACUAAAAUGCCGCAGCAACACACUUCUGUUUCAGAUAUACCAGGACAAGGACACUUACAUUGACGGUCUCGGUGUUCAUUGGUAUGCUCCGGAGAAUUGGGACAAGCUGGAUUUGACCCAUAAUCUCCGGCCUGACAAAUUCAUCUGGGCCACUGAGGUGGGUGCAACUCUCAUAUAGGCCCGGCUUUAACGUAUAUAUCUCCGGCAGAAAAACGUGUGCAAAGCAAAGGUUUCUUAUGCCUGAUUUUGAUUGUCAGGUUGUGUUUGUUGUCCAAGAAUCGAAACUUUUACAUUUACGGAUGCUACGUAACUGUGCUGCAAUCUAUUAUUGCAGCACAGUAUAUGGCAAUAUGUCACGUUCUUUCAGGCAACCGUCGGCGGUCUCGGUCACGAGUACGGGCAUUGGUAUAACGCCGAGUUGUAUGCAAACGACAUAAUCAAAAGCUUGCGGAGAUAUGUUGCUGGUUGGAUUGAAUGGAGCCUUUGGACGGACCUCCAUGGAGGCCCAAGUUAUGUUGGAAACUUUGUUGGCUCUUCGGUCAUCGUUAACUCAACUAGUCAAGAGUUCUACAAGCAGCCACAAUUUUACGCCCUCGGGCAUUUUAGGUGAGAAACAAUGGGUUUUUAGAAGUUUCACUUUUUUUCGUUAAAAUUUAGCUGUAAAUUUCUUCCUUAUUUACAUUUCAUUUUAGCAAAUUUCUCACUGCUGACUCAAUCGUGCUAGAUUCAACUUUUGAAGGAUUCAUGGACCCUGACCCUCCGUUAGAGGGUGUAGCCGCUGAAACCCCGGAAGGAAAUGUGGCUUUGGUUGUGAUGAACAGACACAGAAAAAAUGUUUACAAUUUGGGAAUUAGUGAUGGACGAACUGAUGGAAAGAUUAUUAAGAUUGCCAUGAAACCGAAUGCUAUCAAAACCAUUGUUUGGAAAAAACUAAAAGAACAUAAAGAAUUGUAA